CACGCACGCCCAUCGGCUGGUUUGCAUAUUCUGAGAAUGUCUGUGAACCCACAACGAGUAAUGCUGGUAAACCACAGGCUUCCACCAGAUGUUCCAUCCUAGACGGAUCACCACGUUUCGAUAGUCCACAUGUCUUCCAGUGCGACCUGAUGCUGAGCGACAUACAACAAAAUCUCACCAGCCCGGCUGAUUUAGAGUUGCUGGCGACCAGCACUCAGAUUCUGACGUCCAAACCUGAAGAGCUGACGGCUGAAAACAUCACAGCAGCCGCUCAGAUUGCCAACACACUGCUGCUGUCUCCAAACGCCACAGAGAGCGUCAGAGUGGCAGCGGUCGCUACAGUCAGUCAGCUCCUGAACUCCAGCACUGCAGACAACAGCCAGGAAACCAAUGCUACUCUGGGCCUCACGCUGACCCUGGACCAGCUCUCCAUGAACCUCAGCCUCUCUCUCAACACGUCUCAGUCUCAGGUGGUUCAACCGAACCUGGUGGUCCAGUCAGCACAGAUCCCUGCAGCAGACACACAGGGAGUCCAGUUCACGUCUCUCUCAGGACUGUCUGGCAGUUUUGUUGCCGACAGAAUUCAGCUGAACACCAACACGUCAACAGUCGUGGUAGAAGACGGGUUCAGAGCCGACACCCUGAUUUACGUACGAUUCCCACCAGACGAAGCUGCCGGUGGUCGUCAGACGCCAACGAAUGUCUCGCUGGGCUUCGUCCUCUAUCAGAACGACCGUUUCUUCAGGUCGGGGCGCUACAAGAAGCAGCAGGCCACCAUCAGGGUUCUGUCAGCCAGUGUCAGAGGUCACGAACGCAGCGUGGUGCCGCAACACGUGGAGAUGCUGUUCAGACCAAGUAAGGUGAACGGGACGACUCUGUUCGACUUCGCCUGUGUCUUCUGGAACUACAGCGAGGGCGACUGGAGCACUGCCGGCUGCUCGAAAGGAAACUCUUCAGAUGAACUCCUCAGAUGUUUCUGCAACCACACCACCAACUUCGCUGCUCUCUUGUCGUUCAGACAGAAUUAUAAAUAUGCCGAAGCCCUCGACUGGAUUUCCAUCACUGGACUUUCGAUCUCAAUCCUGGGUUUGGUUUUAACGAUCAUUCAUCACAUUAAAGAGAACUUUAACAGAAACUCUCGUGAACGUCAGAACAACCAGAUCUCACAGAUCGCCUUGCUGUGUAUCUACAUCAGCCUGCUGGCCUUCAUCAUCACCUUCCUCUCCGGAGUCGGAAACUCCAGCAGACAGAACAACGCUCCAAUCGCACUCAGUGCUCAAACCAACUCCAUCCCCAACUCCGAUGAGCGCGUGGAGCCGGACCACGGCUCGUGCUCGGCGGUGGUGGCUCUGCUUCACUUCCUCCUGUUAGCCACCUUCAUGUGGAGCAGUGUGUACGCCACUCAGCUGGUGCUGCUGAUCCGGACGAUGAGUCGCAGUCUUCCUCCAUACUGGACGAAACUGAGCCUCGCCAUGGGAUGGGGAGUUCCAGCCGUUGUCACGGCGAUCACACUGGGAGCCACGUACCGGGUCGACAAUCCUCUGGGAUAUCGACAGGAGGAAUUUUGUUGGCUCGCAGCUCUCGAUGAGUCCCAACAGUUUCACUUUGGGAAGCCGAUGUUUGGAGGUUUCCUGGUCCCAGUCGGUCUCAUUCUGAUCUACAAUGUGAUUCUGUUGGUUCUGGUCUCUCUGACGACGUGCAGGACCGACCCGAACCUGAAAAGCACCAAUCGUUCAUCUUUGAGGAAGAAGUUCCUGAUCAGUUUCUCUCUGGCGGUCCUCCUCGGUCUGUCCUGGACUCUGGGCUACCUGGUGCUACUCACUACAGGAUACACCCACCUGGUCUUCAGCAUUGUCUUCUGCCUCUGUACGACCACACAGGGCUUUCAGAUAUUCAUCCUGUUCACAGCCAGAACGCCGUCCUUCAGAGCCUCCGUGUCCCGGUCCAUGGAAUACGUGACGACCAUCAGGAUCCAGCUCAAAGACCAAACAUACAGUCUGACCAAGAACUCGGGUACGAGGAGCGGCUCCGAGGUCUACAGAGAUCUGAGACACCAGACCACCUCCGACACCAUAACCCUGCAGGAACUCUGAAGACGGCGUGAUGGUGGAUUUUUCUAUGAACACGGAUCACACACGUGAAAUGCCUGAUGUUCUUUCAGAAUAAAACAUCUAGAAGUCAGAAACUCUCCUGAGAGUUUUGAAAGUAAAACUUGUUGCCGCACCUUCUGACGAUGCCUAUCCUUCCCGGAUGGACCGCAGAGCAGACACUGGAUCCACUGCAGGAACUACAUUUCCCAGAAUCCCUCGGGAGAAGCCUGAAGAUGGAAAAGAGAAGAAGAAAUUGAAAAUCUAAUCAUUUAUGUUGUUUUUGUACAAAGCAGUGACACUGUUUUGCCA